ACAUCAUCAAUAUUUACAGAGCGGCUGUUAAACAAUUUGAUCUUUAUCCACUUGCUUGCUGCGGGAGCCUUCGGUGUUAAAUGGCACGGCGCUCUGCUCCCAUCCUCUGAAGCUCAGCUGUGUAUUUUUUUCAUAAGUAUAAGUGUCCAUAAAGUGUUUCUCAACAACGAGAGUCAGAAUAUUUGUCCAAGGGUCUCUGACAAGCAUUGCUAGAACGUGAAUCUUUCUUCAGACGACAAAGUCUAGUCUUAAUCAAGAACAACACGAGUCAACGGCACUCGCAUAAAAGAAUGGCGCUAGCUCCACCGAAAAGGAGGACCCCCCCACUUGCAGGGCUGUCCUCUCAACCAAGAGUUGGUCGCCCCGUCGUAUUUCAUAUUUCAAUUGCAAUACACUCUAUAAGUCGCUCCCGCACUCGCUUUUAGCGAACUCGGAUAGUGCGCAAUCCACACAUCGCCUUCCGCCUGAGCGAGUGCGGACCUCGCUCGUCAUGGACUUCACUAAGGAUGACACCAGCCACAUCUCGCUCGACGGAGGUGGUGAGCGAUUGGACUCCACCAUCAACGAUGACGACGAAUCCAAAACUGCUGUUGACGCCGCCGCCGACCCCGUCGACACCGAUGCUGCCCCCAACACUACUAUCGCAUCACCCACCGAGGACUCGAAUACCCAGCGCAAUGCAUCAACCCCUAACAAGGAGCGCCAUUCCUUAACUCUAGAUCAACGUCGAUCGCUUCGUCGCUGGGCCAAUAGUCAGGUCAUACGCCCAUCGCACAAGGCCUGUAUCGACUGGUUUGAAUCUCAGUACGGCCUCGUCAUAUCCCAGUCGACCGUUUCGCACUCGCUCUCUCCCAAAUACACCCGCCUCGAUGGCGACUCGCAACUUUCAGGCUCGCGCCUGCGCUUCGGCAAUUGGCCAGAUGUUGAAAAGUUGGUCCUCGUCUGGCACGCGGACAUGGUGAAUAGAGGUCGCCCGCCGAGCAAUGAGGAGCUUGUGCAAAAGGCCACCCAGGUCUUUGAGUCCCUUCCCCGAUACAAGGGCGAGAAGCCUCCCAACUUCUCCCCCGGUUGGGUCCAUCGGUUCAAGAAACGGUAUGGCUUGCUGAUGCGCCGCCGUUCUCGCUUUACCGCGCCUCAUGGCCAGGAUGGUAGCAGUCCUGACGGAAAUCACUUGGAUCUGCCGUAUCUCGUCGACCUUAUCCCUCGGAUAAUGAGCCUCACCUCCAACACCCCGCCUGGCGUCAUCCAAGAAACCAUACAGCGUGUCGUCAGUUUGGAUGUUAGUCUCGACAACUGUACAAUCAUUCGUGACACCGCCCUCCGAGGAGCUGUUUCCAUUGAACAGCAAUCGCACAUGGAUAUUGCUGCGGCGGCUGCCGCAGUUGCUGCAGCUACCACCUCGGAUUCGCACGAUCGGCCGUCCAUUUCUAUCGGAAGUGUGGAGGGAGAGGAGGAUGACCCUGAGCUUGCGUUGCAGAAAGCCCUAAGGCAAAUUCAACAGCAAGAGGAGGUUUCUGUGGCGCAGGGAAACGGUGGUGAGACACAGAUUGACACAUGCUUGAUGCCUGCCCGAAACAGCGUUGGCACCCUGGUUACCAGUGGAUUUGAACCCCAUCAACAACAACAUCAGCAAACUCAACAAUCACCGCCGCAGCCACAGCAGAUAUCUCAACAGCAGAUGUCUCAACAGCAGCAUGGAGCGGCGUUGCUCAGGGCGGAGGACAACCUCAAGCUGACUCCUAUACCGAGUGCCAGCGCCCCGCAGUUUUCAGGCUCAGAACGCCCUGUUCGGUGCCCAUUCUGCGUGAACACGAGGAUGUUAAGGAGCAUCAAGGAGGCCGUUGAGCAUCUUUCCACGCAUGUGGUUGUUUGAAGCGGAGAAUGCAUUUUCAAUGGGCGUUUCUGGUCUCCUUUUUCUAAAUUUUCAAGGGCAGCGUCCCCUCCCGCAUGAUUUUGGUAAUGUAUCAUAGCUGUUAGGAGUAUGGCGUUUGGUGUUUGGGCGUUUGACCUCAUGUGUUAUUUACCUGGCUGAGCCUGACUUAAUGUUGUUGUCACUAAGGGGAUCGACCUCUACUACUCGAUAGCAGUCUUCCAGCUGCUCAGCUUGAGUUGCUGUGAGCAGAUGUGGAUUUUCAAGCAUACCUAUUUGAGUGGUUUCUAUGGAGCCACCCGAUCUAGGCAUAAAUAUUAGGCACACGAUGCAGUAACUACCACCGGAACCGUACCAUACAAUACAAAAGAUAUACUAUGGGACACGAUUUGGGUACAGAAUUUGGUGUACGAGAACGCCGCCGCUAACUGAUUUUGUACGUACCUGGGAACUUGGAAUCUACGUCGGUGGCUCAGUAUGUGCUUGGGAUGAACUACGUAA